AUGCCCUCCGCUAACAAGCGUCCGCGACCCAUAGAGCUCGAGCCCGACGCCAGCAACUCUCCCAGUAUAGACGACAACGAUGACGAGGAUAGCACGAGCACGCGAAGAAGGACUAGGUCGGGUAAAACUAGAAGUGUUUUGGAUAGUCAUGCUAGACGGAGGGUGAAGAGGCCGAGGAAGGCGGAGAGUGUUGAGGAAGAGGAAGAAGAAGAAGAAGAGGAGGAGGAGGAGGAGAAGGAUGAGCUUAUGGAUGAUGGGGAGGAGGAGGAGGGUGUGUAUCUAAGGACGCGGUUGUAUGCGAGGGAAAAAGCAAAGGCGAAGGAGAAGGAAAAAGCAAAGGAAAAGGAAAAGACGAACGCGAAGGGGAAAGAAAAGGCGAAGGAGAAGGAAAAGAGUACGAGGAAGGGGUCCAAGGAAAAAGAGAAGGAGAAGGAGAAAGAGAAAGACAAGGCGACGCCCGAAUUUCGAGUGAUCAGGGAUAGCCUUCCAGUGCCACCCCGCGCCAAAGACACCUCCACGCUCAAACCCAUCCCAGACCCUCCAUGGCUCUUACAAAAGCCCGCACCCGCACCCGCACCUGCACCACCGCCGGCACCCGUCCCAUCCACCUCCGCAUCGACAUCCACGCCGACGUCCAUACCCAAGCCGACGCCCAUACCCAAGCCCGCACACAAACCCAAGCCCCCGUCGAAACCACCCAAACCGGCUCUGUAUACCGGAUCAGACGGUGACCCCGCGGACGAUGGUGAUACUAUCAUGCGCAGCGCAGCCGACGACGACGAUGAUGAUGACAAGCCACUAGACACCCAGCUCGAGCCUGUGCACUCUCCCUCGCACCCGCGCGAUCGCGAGCCAGCGUCCUCCUCCGCCGCCGCCGCUGGUGAUGGUGGUGGUAAUGGGGCACGCACGGCAGGGUACACCCCGCGAACAUGGAACCCAUCAUCGUACGUGCACUCAUCGCGCCCACCGUUUAUCCCUCCCCCAUCGCACUCGCCUGAUAACCUCGCAUAUACGCACUCGCCGCCGUCGCCGAUGAGAGUGUACCACUCGCCCUCUCCGCCGCCUCAUCCCCUUCCCCAGCCGCACCCACAUGCACAUGCGCAUGCGCUGCAGAGACGACCGAGCGGGAGUAGACACCGCGCGCCGUCGCCUGACUACGAGCGCGAGCGCGAGUAUGGGUAUGGAUACGGCUACGACAGCGACCCUGCGAGGGAUCCGCGGUACCGCGCCCCUCACCCUCACCCGCACCCGCACUCGCACUCGCAGCGGUAUCGCAGCAGUAGAGAGUAUGCCUCGAGCUAUCCACCUCCACAUGCUACAUCGCGCGGUGCGCCCCCGCCUCUUCCGCCUUCCGCGUCGGCUUCGCCGUAUCCACCACCUGCGCCCCCUCUGCAUGCGGCUUAUCCGCAUCCGGGACGGUACUCGCAUUCGCACCCGCGCCCGCACUCGCGCUCUGGCUCGCCACCACCACCACCUCCUCCUCCUCCAGCUGCGCAUUCCAAACGCCCUCAUUCACAAUCGCAAUCUCAAUCGCAUUCACACUCACAAUCACAAUCACAUUCGCAUUCGCAUUCGCAUUCGCAUUACACCCCGCCUACACUAACACAACCGCCUAUAUACCACCCACGCCCCCCACCACCUCCACACGCCCUGCACUCCCCUCCCCCUCCCCCGCCGCCUCAUCAUCCUCAUCAUCAUCCACUUUUGCCGGCGCAGCACUACCGCGCGGCUCCGCCUCCUUCUCAUGCACAUGUACCUCCGCCUCCACAUGGGCAUGGGCACGCGGGACCAGCGACGACGAUGCCGACGCGCCAGCUACAGCCGCAUGAACCGUACCCGCCUACACCGCCUCCGCCUUUGCCGGGUUCUGGUCCAGGGCCGGGGUCAGGGGCGGGGGCGGGGUCAGGGCCAGGACGCGAUCGUGAGAGGGAGCAUGAGAGGGAGAGGGAGCGGGAGCGCGCGCUGCAGCCUUCGUGGUCGGCGCUGGGUGAUGCGCGUGUGGAUCGUGAUCGGGAGCGAGAUCGGGAGAAGGAGCGAAAUCAGGAGCGGGAAAGGGAGAGAGAUAGGGAGAGACCACCACUACCACAUCAUUCACAUUCACAACCGCCACCACAACCGCCUCACUCACAACCACAAUCACAACCACCACCACCUCAUUCACAACCUCAACCACAACCACAACCACAACAUCGUCCCCAUUCUAUACAGCGGCGCCAAUCCUCGCCUGGCCCACCUCCGCCUCACCCUCACCCGCAUGGGCAUGUGCAUGGGCAUCCGGCGCGGUAUUACACUGCGUAUCCGCCUCCGCCUCCUUCAGCACCACAUUCAUCAGCGCAGGCACCUCCUCCUCAAGCACAUCAACCAUCUACACCUCAAGCACCUCAAGCACCGCCAGCACAGUCCUCGGCGCAAUCGUCCGCCCAAGCAGCAGCCCAAGCCCAAGCCCAAGCCCAAGCAGCCGCGCAGGGAGGACAACCACAGCAGCAGCAGCAGCAGCAGCAGAGACGACCAAGACGCGCGUCGUCGCCGCGGUUCAUCGCUGAUCAGCGGGAUCGCGAUCGAGAACGGGGUCAGGAAAGGGGUCAGGAGCGGGGUCAGGAGCGAGAGCGGGGUCAGGAGCGGGGUCAGGAGAGGGAGCGGGGUCAGGAAAGGGAAAGGGAUGAUCGGCCAUCGUCGCGGACGAGAGCGCGCGCGGGUGAAGGCGAGGGCGCGGAGAAGGGGCCGGGGAAAGGACGCGAGAAAGGACGCGAGGGCGAUACCGAAGACCGCGCGAAUGCAGGUGCAGCUGGAGGAUCGAGGAGACGAGCGGGGAGCGACUCGGCUUCAGCGAGAGCAGCGGGUGCGGGUGCUGGUGUGGGAGGUGGGUACCCUGCUGCUGCUUAUCCACAACCUCAAUCUCAACAUCAACAUUAUCCGUAUCCGUAUCCGUACCCGUACCCGUACCCAUAUUACGUGGAUGGGUCGGGGCAUCCUCUACCACCACCACCACCUCCUCCUGGUUCGCAUCCUCCUGGUGCGCAUGCACCACCACCGCCUGGUCAUCCAGCGCACGCGCACCCUCAUCACCCACCGCCGCCGCCGCCGCCCACGUCACAGCAGCAACAACACCAAAUCCGCCCAUCCAUCCCGCCAAGUCACGCACAGGCGCCGUACAAUGCACACGCACCCGCGCAUUACCCACAUCCGCAUCCGCAGUACCCGUAUCAUCCACACGAGGUGUACCCGCACCCCCAUCCGCAUUCGUAUGCACCGCCGCCGCCAGGAUAUGCACAUCAACCACCACCUCCUCCAGGACACGCACCACCUCCAGGACACGCACAACAUCCGCCACCACCGACAAACGCACCGACACACGCGCCGCCUCCGCCGCAACCGCAACCAGCGCGCCGCAUCUCAGCAGCACUCGCCGCGCUCCCCGCGUACCCCCAGACGCUCUCGCAGCCGCACCCGCCCGCGCCUGUGAUGGCGGGCCCGGUGCAUUUUGUGCCGAGUCGGUAUUCGUAUGGUGUUUUGGGUGGGGGUGCUGGGGGUGGAGGAGGUGCUGGAGGGGGAGGAGGAGGGACUGGGGCUGGAGGAGAGGGAGGAGAGGAUAGGAGGGAUGGGAGGGAUGGAAAUGGAAAAGAAGGAAAUGGAAAAGAAGGAAAAGAAGGAGAGAGAGAGAGAGAUAAGGACAGAGAGAGGGAAAAGCAGAGGGAGAAGGAGGAACGGAGGGAGAGAAGAGAGAGGCGCAAUCCGCUCCCGCCGCCUAUUACGAUUUCGCUUGAUGAUACACCGAUGUUGCAUUCGCCUGCUGCGUCGGCGGAGGCGGAGGCGUCGCCUCAUCCUCCUCGUUCUGCGAUGUCGGUGUCUGUGUCUGCGUCGAAUUCGAAUGCAACUGUACCGGCGUCGACAUCCACAACAACAUCAACGUCGACCGCCGCACCUCCAACGACAGCGCCCGCAUCAUCCAACAUAACCAACACAACCACCAGCACAAACACAAGCACAACCACCAACACAGCCCAGCGAAGAACAUACACACCACCAAUAACAGUCUCCCUCGACCCGCCCGCCUCAUUCCCGCAAAUCAACAUUUUCGCGACGGAGCCGCUCCCUGCGGGAAAGCCUCAUACGCAUGCGCAGUGGUAUGCGCAUACGCAUGAGUAUACUGUGCGGCAGGGUGCGUCGGGUGCGGGUGGUGUGGGUGGUUCGGGUGCGGGUGGUCAGGGUGGUGGUGGCCAGGGUGGUGGUGGAGGAGGAGGAGGGGCAGGGGGUAGCGCGAGUGACGGCCGCGGAAGCAGAGCUAGCGAAAGACGCACCGAGAGAGCAGGCGCAGGCGCAGGUGCAAGUAUGAACAUGGUCGUCCCGCUCCAAGGCGAAGCGCAGCAGGUGCCGUACAUGUAUAGCAGCUAUGCGCAACAACAGCAGGCGCAGCAGCAGGCGCAGGCGAGGGCGGGGCAGCGGGUGUUGCAUGUUGGUGUGCCUGUGCAGGAGCGGGGGCAGGAGCGAGGGAUGGAUUCUGGAGAGAGAGAGAGGGAGAGGGAGAGAGAUGCGAGGAGGGAGAGGGAGAAAGACGCGAGGCGCGAGGCGCGGAGGGAGGAGAGGAGGAGGGAUAUGGGUAUGGGUACGGGUGUUGAGAUGGAUGUUGAUUCUGUGGGUGGUGGUGAUAGGGACAAGGGAGGUGUAAGUGCAAGUGGGAAUGGGAAUGGGAAUGGGAAGGGUAAAGAGAAGGAGAAGGAGGGCGCGUCGACGACGAGCACGAGCACGAACACGGCGACGAACACGGCGACGAGCACGACGACGAGCAAGACUGUGACGAUGACAGCCACGCGCCGGCCGUCCGUCACAGCUGACGCGCCCUCCUCUUCCUCUUCCACGAAUUCUGCAGCGGUGGCGGUUGCGGCAGCCGCGCAUCCAAACCCGCAUUUUGGUCCGCAGCCUUAUCCGUCGCCUUAUGCGUACGGGUACGCGCCUCCUCCUCCUCCUCCGCCACCGCCGCCAGGAGCAGGAGGACCGGGAGGAGGUGGUGGUGGAACGGAAGGAGGAGGAGGAGGAGGUCCGGGACCGCCGCCGCCGCCGUAUAGUCGUCAUGCGUAUGGCCAUCAGCCGUAUUAUAGUCCGUAUCCACCGCCUGCGCAACAGCAACAACAACAGCAGCAAGGGCAUGAGAGGGAGAGGGAGAGGGAGGGAGGGCAUAGACCGCCUCCGCCGCCGCCGCAGUAUUAUCCCCCUCCUCCUCCACCUCCUCAUCCGCAUGCGGCUCCACCACCGCAUCCUCAUCCUCAGCAUCCUCAGUAUUCACCACAGUCGCCUCACCAGCCGUACCCUCCGCCGCCGCCUCAUCCUCCGCCUCAUCCUCAUUCGUACCCGUACGCGGUACCAUCGCCCCCUCAUGGUCAUGGUCAUGGGCAGCCUCCGGCGCACGCGCAUGGGUACCCGUAUUCGUAUCCGUAUCCGUAUCCAUCGCAUGAAGGUCCACAUUCGCAUUCGCAUGAACGGGAUGGUUUCGAUCCGCGCGAGCGCGAGCGGGAUAGGGAUAGGGAUAGAGAAAGAGAACGAGAGCGUGAUGGGGCUAGGGAUAGAGAAGCUAGGGAUAGGGAAAGGGAACGCGAAGGCCCCAGAGACCGCGACACACCCAGAGACAGAGAACGCGACGCACCCAGAGACAAAGACAGAGACAGAGACGCACAGAUGCGCCAGCAGCUCGUGCUGUUCCAGAAUGGCGCGGUGGGCCCGUUAGAGCAUCAGGUGCCGCAGCCGCGGAAGCCGAGGGGUGGGAGGGGUGGGAGUGGGAGUGGAGGAGGAGGGGCGGGAGGAGGAGGGGCGGGAGAAGGGGAUGGACAGAGCAGUGGUAAGGCAUCAGGAGGAGGAGGAGGAGGUGGUGGUGGUGGUGGUGUUGUAACGCUGCAGCAUAUCCCAAAACCGAUCCAUCCGGACACUGUACAUGCCUCGCGGAACGCGUCUGCAUCCGCGUCGGCCUCACAUCCUCAUCCUCAUCCUCACACACACGCGCACGCUCAUGGACAAGUACACACACAAACCCACGCACAUGUGCGCUCGCACUCGAGCGUGAUCCAUCUCGCGACGACGCCGCCAGCCGCGACGGCGCUUGCACCGCAGGAGCAUUUGUUGCUUGGUAUACCGCCUUCGAGUGGGGCUGUGCUUGCUGGUUCUGGGUCUGGUGCUGGUGCUGGUGCUCGAGCGGAUGUGGAAGGUGGCGCUGGCGCGGGUGGAACGGAUACAGCUGGGACAGGAGGAGGAGGAGGAGGAGUGGACCCGACGUCGCCGCAUUAUGUAGGCGGUGCACAGUUUGUGCUUAAACCUUCGAAGCCGCCAAGGGCUCGGAAGAAGCUUUUGGCUGGUGGAGGGGAGGAGGGUGGGCAGGGGCAUGCGUCGGGGUCGAGUUCGGGUGUGGGUUCGGGUGUGGGUGGAGAGUACCACGCACAGCGACAUCUGCGACAUGAUCCCGUUGCGGAUCCGUACCAUCUCCAUCCACACACGCAUCACUCUGAUUCUCAUUCUCACUCGCACUCACACUUGCACUCUCAUUCCCAUUCACACCAUUCACACUCUCACUCGCACUCUUCUCACUCUCACUCGCAUUCGCACUCUCAUUCCCAUUCCCACCACAAACCAAACUCAACCUCACACACGCUCUCGCACCUCAGCGCGCAAUACAACACCCCAGACGAACUAGGCCAAAGCCAGGGGCUGAUCGUGUACGAGCAGCGCACGCCGGCGGAGCGGGAGGCGUAUCGCGCGGCGCGGGAGGAGCAGGAUCGGUUGGCGGGGAGGGAGAGGGGGUAUAGGAGGGUUUGGAGGCAGGGUGGGGGUGCGGGUGGGCAGGGGCAGGAGAAAGAGAAGGAGAAGGAGAGAGAGAAGGAAGGGGGCAAAGGGAAGGAGAGAGAGAAGGGGAAAGAAAAUGAGAAAGAAAAGGAAAAGGGGAAAGAGAAGGAAAAGGAGAAGGAGAAUAAUAAAGAUAAAGGAAUGGAGACGGAUAAGGAUAUAGGAAAAGAGCAGGAUAAAGGAAAGGAAAAGGAAAAGGAAAUGAUUGUUGUAGAUGUAGAUGCGGAGAUGGAGAUGGAGAUGGAGAUGGAGGAUGCGGGACAGGAAAAGGAGAAGAAGGGGAAAGGCAAGGAGAAUGAAAAAGAGAAGGAGACGGAGACGGAGAUGGCUGGGACUGGUGGUGAGGGCAAGAAGAGCACCAACACUAACACCAACACCGCGAACGCUAACGCGAACGCGAACGCCGCGCGCGAGCGCGAGCGCGAGCUGGAGCAGGAGCAGGACGUGUCGAUGGCGGUGGAUAGCGCGUCCGCGCACGCGACUUCAACCGCGCGGCGGCAGCAGCAGCAGCAGGAACGCGAACGCGACGGCGACCGGGAGAAUCAGAGUAAUAACGAGGAGGUAGCGCGCGGGCUGAGUCGCAGCAGCAGCAGCAGCGCGAAUAGCGCUCAGGGUAGGAGAGGGGCGAGGGGCACGAAGCAGCGCGUUUAUGAGGAGGAGGAGAGGGAGAGGGUGCGGGCGCAGGGGCAGGCGUUGGGGGGCAGGAAGGGUAGUUCGGGUGUGGGAGAGAGGGCGAGGGAGGGGAGUGAUGAGAGUGUGGGUCGGGGUAGUCGUGAGCGGGAGAAAGGGAAAGAGAGGGAAAGAGACAGAGAGAAAAAGAAGGAGAGGGAAGCUGAGGAACGGAGGAAGAGAGAAGCGGAGGCUGCGGAGGAUAGCGAUGUCGUGAUUAUCGAUCCGCCGCCUGGAGAGCGCGAGAGACGAGAACUGCGCGAGAGGGAAAGGGCGGAGAGGGAGGUGGAGAUGGAGCGUGAGCGGAGGCGGUGGAUGGACGCUAAAAAGGAGAGGGAGAGGGGAAAAGAGAAGGAGAAAGAGAAAGGAAAGGAAAAGGAGCGUGAGCGGCGAGAGAGGAUGGACGGGGAUGAUGAUGAUGAUGAUGAUGAGGUUGUUAUUGUUGAUGAGCGCAGGACGAGUGGAGGUGCGAUGGACGUGGAUGUUAGCGCGGUUGUGAGUCCUGGUCCGGGGUUGGGGUCCGCAUUGGACGAGGCGGACGUAGCGAGAGAGGAAGCGGCGAAGAAGGAGGCCGAGAAAGAGAAGGAAAAGGAAAAGGAAAAGCAGAAGGAGCGGGAGCGGGAGAUCGUGGUCAUCGACAGCGACAGCGACAUCGAGAUGAUGGAAGUCGUACGCGUCGCCAACCCGUCGCCGCUGCAUAGCGCGAGUGGAUCAGCGGAGAAGGAUAGGGAAAAGGAGAAGGAGCGCAGUCGGUCGCGCAGGGGUAGCGACGAGGAGAAUAUGGAUGUUGAUUUGCGUGCGAGGAGAGCCGCGGGGUCGCGCACGGGGUCAGGGGCGGGGUCGGGGUCGCGCGCGGGCUCUGAUACGCACUCGCGACCGCAUUCGCCACAGGAGCAGCGUCACCACCACCAUCAUCAUCAACAUCAUCAUCAGUAUGAUAAUUUUGAAGGGCGGCGGUACGCCGCGUAUCAGCAGCAUGUAGAACAAGAAAGGCGGGCGUCGCAUUCGAUCAACCCUCAGAAUCGGUAUCCGCCGCCGUUGCCUCCUGUAGUCAUCAUCCGGCCCCGCGAGCGCGUAGCUGAUCAAGCACAGACCCAGACCCAAUCUCCCAGCGACGGAUCGCACCGGAUGAUAUCUACACCUCGUCCGGUGGACGCUAAUGCAGAUGCGAGUAGUCUAAGUGGUGCUGCGAAGAUGAGGAGCAGCGCCGCUGGGCGCGCGGUGUCUGGUGGUGUGCAUGGUGUUGCGCAUUAUCCGCCCCAUCUACAUGCACAUCCGCAUGGCCCACCACCGCCUUCAGCGGAUUUUUAUCCCGCGAGAGAAGAUAUUCCACCGCCUCAACCUCCUCCUCCGCAACACCAACACCGACACCAUCCGCAUCGGCAGCAUCAUCCGCCGGCUACGCACCAUAGCUCCGGGCGUCCACCUCCUUCAUACAACUACUCGCCGUACCCUCCAGCACCAGCACCAGGAGCACCACCAGGAGCACACCAAUCUCAUCCAUACUCCCCGACAACCGAGUACCCACCCGCCCCCGCCCCCGCCCCCGCCUCCGCCUCCGCGGCGGUCCCCGGUCCGGGCGGCUCAGAAACGAACACGUUCGCAGCCCCCGCGCGCCCAUCGCGCAAGAUGAAGAGAUACCCGUGCGACGUGUGUGGACAGAUUUUCACGCGCUCGGGGGAUGUGAGACGCCAUAAGGAGAGUCGGCAUACGGGUGGAGGGGCCGGUGUGCGGUGUCGGUUUUGUGGACGGGUGUUGACUAGACAAGACGCGCUACAGCGGCACUGGGACAAGUACUGUCGCAAAAAGGCAAAACGGAGCGCGCAUAGACAAUCCGGCUCUGGGUCCGGCUCUGGGUCCGGCUCUGGUUCUGGUUCUGGUUCUGGCCAACGCUCUGGGUCUGGUGCCGGGAGCGAUGGCGAUGGCGAUGGCGAUGGUGAUGGUGAUGACCAUGGGGAAGGGGAUGGUGACGGCUCGCAUUCGGAGGCGGAGGGUAUAGACGGCGGUGAUCAGUGGGAUGGGGAUAUGUCUUCUGAAGGCGAAGGCGAGGAGGAAGAGGAGGAGGAGGAGGAGGGGAUGGAGGGGAUGGAGGUUGAUGGGGAUGUGGAGAUGGAGACGGAUCGGCAGCAGCAGCAGCGGGAGGAAUCUCGUCCUUCGUCCUCUGCGGCUUCGCGUGUACCGGCUUCAGCUCCAGGAUCAACAGCGCCUUCUCCACACGCACACGCAACGUCAGCAUCAGCAUCAGCGCAUGCACAUGCGGAGAGCGAGCGGGUGAGGGAGAGGGAGAGGGAGUAUGCACAUGCGUAUGAGCGCGAGCGCGAGAGGCGGCGCGUGCGCCGCGAGCAGGAGCAGGAGCAGCGGGAACAGGAACAGGAGCUGUAUGCUGGUGGGAUGUCGCGUCCUGGUUCUGGAUCUAGUUCUGGUUCUCGGCAUAGUCAUAGUUCUGGGUCUCGGCAUAGUCAUGGUUCAGCUCAUGGACAUGGACAUGGUCCGACGGUUUCGAGGUAUGCCCCGCCCCCGCCUGUGCCUGUGCCUGCGCACCAGCAUCAGCACGAGCGCGAGCAUCAGAAUCAACAGCAUCAGCAGCAUCACUAUUCCUCGCUUCAGCCUCAGCAUAAGAGGAUCUCUCCAAACCCACAUCCACCACACCCACACCCACAUACGCAUUCUCACCCGCAUCCGCACGCAAAUUCGCACCCACACCCACACCCGCAUGCACACCCACACCCACACCCACACCCAAACUCACACCCACAUCCACACCCACACCCACAUCCACACCCACACCCACACCCACAUCCACACGCGCACGCGCAACACGUACACCCUCCACCCACCCAACGCCCACGGCCCAUUGCCAUCGCACCGCACCCAGCACCAGCACCACCCUCUCCUCCACCCAACCCGCAUACCCACCACCACCCCCACCCCCAGCCAAUCCAAAUCCAACCACACCUCCAAGAAAUCAGCAUCCCGCCUACGGACGGGUGGCAGCAUGAAGAUCCGGCGGCUGAGGGCCGGCGUGUUGCGGAGAAGCAGGCGAGGCUUUUGAGGGAACGGAGGGAGAGGGAAAGGAGGGAGAGGGAGAGGGAGCGGAGGGAGGGGGCUGGUGGGACGGGUGGGUUAAGUCACAGUGGGAGGACUAGUGCGAGUGGGGGAAGUGUGAGGGAGGGGGGCAGUGUGAGUGGGCGGAGCGGGAGGGAGGGGGGCAGUGUGAGUGGGAGAAGUGCGAGUGGGAGAGGGAGUGCACAGGGGAGUGUGAGAGGUGGGAGUGGGAGUAGGAGUGGACGGACGAGUGCGAGUGCGCCGUCGCCGCCGCCCCCGCCACCUGCACCUGCAGCGCAUGCUGCGAAUGCUGCGAAUGCUGCGAAUGCGAAUUUGAACCGAACUUGA